GGUCUUGGUGGAGGCUAUACGCACGACUUCCUGGUCAUGUACCGAAGGAAAUGUAAGCAUUCUGUCUUGUAAGGUUUUUCUAUCUUAUUUAGUGUGUGGGGUAACCGUUCAAAUGAAUUCUCGUGGUGCCAUUUGUGCAUCAGCAUUUGCAAAAUGAAAUUUGGAACCUGUUUUUUUUUGCCAUUAUUAGGAGUGAAAAGAUCUCAGUUAACCGACUCAGUCUACUCUCACUUAAAAAGCAGUUUUCCUUACGUGAUAAUUAACUCUCCUUAUUACCUUUUCUCUCGAUAGUGUAUUCGUAUGAUAUUGUUGAGAAAAAAAUUGAUGUUGGUCACUCAAAGUUGAUGAAUCCUUCUUUAAGACGGACACAAACCCAUCUUUUUAUUUAUUUUGUAGUGGAUGGAGAAGCCUUUCAGAACACGAGUUGGGUAGAUCAUUUUGAAAAGCAGAGCAUCGAGAUUGGAAGCUUAAGUAAUGAGCUUUACGAGUUUAAAACUGUUGGCAGAAAUGAUUAUCCGGAAGAUAAUGAUGUCAAUACAAGAACAGAGAGCCCCGCCAGUGACGUCACGGAGGGACGGCCUCUUCCAGGGAUAGUCAGUAAGUAUCGGACUUCACUUCUUAGGGCUUAAAAUAACGGUCGGUCAACGGACAAUAUCUGGCGAAAAUGACCGUUUCUCCGAACAAACUUUCAGUUGGCCGGUUCAUUUGUCAAGUGACAAGUGAACAUGACCGGCCACUGUCCAAAAAUUAUUUUAAGCCCUGACUUUUGGAACAAAAUGCCGUGGGGAUAGUCUGUGUGCAGACCCUCCUCCCCCCUCCCCUCCCCCCUCAAGUGUAAUGUAUUUUGUAUCCUCGCAAUUUUUCUCGCAUUAACUGAGAUGGCCAGACCUUUUAACUACCCAUGUUAAGAUGAAAAUGAAUUCCACGUCUUUACAAAUAUCUUUCAGGCGGCCAGCGGUCAACAACUCCUAUCCACCAGACUGCCUGGUUUAUUGCCCUGCUGGUUCUUAUCGCCGUUCUGUUGAUUGUGUUGGUUAUAUUUGUGCUUUACACGCGGCAUCAAGGAGCUAAAUAUCCUGGUAAGAUCAAAUCGUGCCUUCUAUCAUUACAAAGAAAACUUUCGCAUGGAAAUUUGUUGGUUAUUCAAAGACUGUAGCCUACGUCACAGACGGAAAUAAACUUCUGGUUAACGCCGUCUGCGAAACACGCCGAAAUCCUUGUCCUUGGCCCGCAGCUGUAUACCAGGACUUGAGUACGCGCCGUGAUUAGCCUGUUAAGAAAGCCAUUGUAAAUUCGCCAAUCAGGUUGAAGGGAAAUUCGAAACGCAUUUCCCGUAAUUUCUUGUGUCUUUUAGGGGCCGAGAACAAAGAUAGUGGCGCUGCCUCGCAGAGGCUACUUGACCAGGUGUUAGGUUAGGUCUUCGUCGCAGGCAAAAAGACUUUCACGUAUGCAGAAAUGUCAUUGGAUUCCAGUCUCCCUCUUCUUGCGUCUUAGCACUCGUCUUGUUCUGCCAACCAUUUCUCUUAUUCAUUUCUUUAAUGUAUUAACGCUGUUCAGAGUCACUUCUGGCGCUUAUAAAGAAACUGGUUUUCAACGUAACAUUUGUCGAGCAAGUAAAUUUGCCGCGACAUAAAAUUUACUCAUAAGUAGUGUGCUUUAUUGGAGUUCUUUGAUCUUUUAGCCAUGAAAUCGAUCUUUUCUGCUUUCCUUUUUAGUCGGCAAACGUGAGAAAAAGCGUGCAGCUCUAAUUGAUCAUGAACCGCCGUUCGAUGAAGAAGAAGGCGAUGGAGGGUAAGAAAGCGUCAACCGUGUUUCCUUAGAGGGCACAAAACAAAAAUUUUAGAUGAGUAAAGAGAAAUCUCGGGAUAUACCUCUUGCAAAAUUGCCAUGUAGAGACCCUAUAGUCAAAUAUGACAGCCUUGACCACAUGGUAACGUUAUAUGGUAGCCUGUCAUGAGGUACCAUCCACCAAGGUUGUCGAUAGAGACCUUUAGAUUCUAAGACGACUGCGAGGACAAGAUUCUCUCAGGUACUGGGCACGCUUGAACCAACGUCGUUUUGGCGGGAAAACGUGGUAGCCGUCGUCGUUUAACUACAGGUUUUAGCGAGGAUUUCUUAGUGGCGGAAGCAAGUUAUCAACAGUUAAGCGUUUGAUUAUUUUGCGAUCACUGGAGAGGGCUUAAUCUCCUUCGGUAAAAACAACCGUUUAAGCGUUUAGGGUGAAACACGUACAAUGAAGCCUUGCGGGAAGUAUACUUUUUGAGAAUACGCGAAAAAAACUAUAAGUUGUAUAAAAUCUUGUCGCGUAGUCGUCCUUUUCCUCGAAUCGAAAGAUCUCUAACUUACGCAACAGGACGGGAGAGGAAAGAAGACGGCAAACCUUGUGUUACAAGCGUGAUAACAAUUAUGUUUGAAAGGAGUUUCCGCAGAACUUCACCUUUCUUAGAGCGGAUCUUUUUGUAAAAGACUAGUAAACAUUGACGUUAAGUGAAGAUGACGACAAAACACGCAAGUAAUAGCCCUGUCAGUCUUGUCAGACACAAACGUCUUGCUGUUUUCUUCUUUGUGCCACCACUCACCAAUAACAGGGAAGCCGGGGCACAGCCCUGGUAAGCCGGCGAUGAGGUGAAAGAACCCCUGGGAAAUCAGCCUUGAUGUUUUAACCCUUUCACUGCCAGAGUGUUUGAUGGAGUUUUGUAAGGUGACUCUAACUUUUGAGUGUGUGGACGAAAUCCUAUGAAGUGACCACUCAAAUGAAACCUCUCUGCCUGUACUUUCACAUGAUGCUAUUUGUUUCUCAAAAUUUUAAAAAAUGAAAUUUGGAAAUUUGGUAGGAAUUUGCCUUUGGCCACAUUUGGCAGUGAAAGGGUUAAAUAUCUGAUAUAAGUUUUGUUCGCUUCUCCAGCCGAACGGAAAAUCCGCCACCCUAUCAGAGCCAGGGGUCACUACAGAGGAGCCCAGAAAGUGACCGCGACAGUUUGGACGAUUAUGGCGAGGGGCCUCAAUUUAACGAAGAUGGCUCCUUCAUUGGAGAAUAUGGCGACGAGAAGAAGAAUGCUCCGGACGAAAAGGAUGACUCAGCUUUGGCGACAUUCGUUUGA